AUGCCACCUUCUCGAAUCUCCAAUGUGGGUCGUCAAUCUAGUACUGUGGCUGGAAAGUCUUUUACUUGUACAUACUGCCAGCGUGACUUUCGACGUCUGGAGCAUCUCCAACGUCAUGUGAGACUCCAUACAAAUGAAAAGCCGUUUAUAUGUCCCUGUGGACAGACAUUUGCCAGGAAAGACCUUCUGAAGCGUCACCAACGAAUUGCCCAUGGUGGCGAUCAGAAUCCGACACCCUCGCGUAUAGAAGUGAGCUCACGAGCUAGCGAGCUGCCUUCCGACACUAUCUCUCCCUCAAGGAAUCGCCCCUCACAUGUUGGGACCCCAAAUACGGCAGCAUCUUUUAUCUCACCAUCCACUCCUAGCUUAGGUACUACAGUGGAGACGAGCUCUCAUGUAGCCUCGAACGGAAACCACCUGCCGGGGUAUAAUUCAUCACCGAGGGAACCAGGUGUGGAGGUAACAGCAAACCCGCUGCUUGCUGGAACUAGCUCAGGCGAUGCAGUGCUUUCCAUUACUCAAGAACCAGAUAUCACAUUUCCCGACCCACACAAUUUCUAUGACCCUUUGGAGGACUUCACUAGCUUCAUCGACAAUAUGGGCCUGGCUCUUGAUUCGGAGAGUCUCAUUGAUCUCAGGAGUAUCCCACUAGAGCAUGCACCGCUAUCCAACGCGGCCCAUACGAACCACUACCACGCUCGUGUCUCCCAAAAUCCAAGGCCAGACUACGACGAGGAGCAAAGCGAGAGCGCUCACCGGGCACAGUCACCCACCUUGCUGCCGAUUCCAUUGAAUCCAGCGGCGGUGCAGGCAGCUGUGUAUAUGCCACAGUUGAAGAUCACAGAGGCACAGAGGGCGCACCUUGUGGAAGCACUCGGUCCAUUUCAGCAUUUAUUGCCUGGAUUCACACUGCCAUCUCGAGACUCUUUAACCCGAUUUCUAAACGCCUAUUUCGACAGGGUUUAUCCACAUUUCCCUUUUAUGCAUGGCCCAUCAUUUCUACCGGAGAACUAUCCCUUAGAGUUGAUUUUAUCGAUGGCAGCAUCUGGCGCUCAAUAUCGGUAUGAGCACCGUAAAGGCCGGGUACUCUUUUACGCAUCGAAAGCAAUUUUUCAUGAGCGGCAGCGACACAGGGAGGCCACCUCAUGCAAAUCGGAUCUACUACCCCCGCCGAUCGUAGUAAACCCCGACCCUUACUACCCAAGUCCGACAAUUACGGACGAUAUCAGAUGUCUACUCAAUUUGGCUAUAUACGCAACCUGGCAGCAAGAUCCUGAGGUCGUCAAAGGUGUUUGCGGGCUUCAAAGCACACUCGUUCGCCUGCUGAGAGAAAGCGGAUUAGUAGAAGUGAACAUCCCAGACUCGGACGAACUCGACUGGCAGACAUGGUUACGACUGGAGCUGGAUCGCCGUGUCAAACUCUUUGCGUUUGCCUUCCUGAACCUACAAAGCAUUGCAUAUAACCUACCACCUAUUCUCUUGAGCCACGAAAUCAACCUUCGACUCCCCUGCACCUGCGAGGAAUGGAGAGCGGUCGACGAGAGCAAUUGGAGGCAAUUUCGCGAAGAUAUUUCUCGAGAGCAGAGCCUUUUCCCAGACGCCCUAGCCUUUCUGUUAGCGGGCAAGGAGGCCCCGAGUUCACUCAAGCCAAUCCCUUCUCCGUCGGCUAGCAUCAUUAUGAUACAUGGACUCCUCCACCGCAUUCUCCUCAGCAGGCAGGGAUCGCUGUCCGGUGUUAUUUCGUCAGACCAGCUGGACAUAUUCGAGAAUGCCUUACGACGCUGGACAUCUACAUGGCAACUGGCACCCGAAUCCAGUCUUGACCCCCUGAACCCCAACGGUCCUAUUCCUUUCACAUCGACCGCGUUGCUUGGACUGGCAUACACCCGCCUUCAGCUAGACCUCGGGCCGUGUAGAGCAUUAAUCACAAGAGACCCACGACAGAUUGCCUCCACCUUGCUUGACUCCAAGCCUCUCACCCGCAGUCGGCGCCUCCUUCCCGCCCUACUCCAUGCCACCCACGCACUGAGCAUCCCAGUAAAGCUAGGCCUAGAGUACAUAUCUCGAAGCCAGGCCUUUGUAUGGAGUAACCAACACGCACUCUGCGGCGUAGAGUUCGCAGUUCUACUGAGUAAAUGGCUCCACGCUGUAGGCGAAACGCAGGAAAAGCAUCCACUGGAAGAACAUGAGCAGCGGCUCCUGAACUGGGUCCGUCGGAUCGUGGAAGAGGGCAGAACAUCUCUCGAUGAUAGUGAGGAUAAUACAUCUGAUGGACUGAACUGUGAGAGACUAGCCUUUUUCGUAGUGCACCUGUGGGCACGGAUCAUGCGCGGCAAUGCCCAAUGGCCUUUUAUAGAUAUCAUUGGACAUAGCUUGGAAUUAUACGCAAGUGGGCGUUAUGUGCUAUCAUAG